AUGGCUGGUAGCUCAUUCUUAAAACUCUCUGACGGGACAAAUCUCUUCUAUAAGGACUGGGGUACUGGACAGCCUAUCGUUUUCAGUCAUGGAUGGCCUUUAUCUUCAGAUGCCUUUGAAGACCAGAUGAUCUUCUUCGCUCUGAAAGGAUACAGAGUCAUUGCUCAUGAUCGUAGAGGUCACGGUAGAUCUUCUCAACCAUGGGAAGGAAACAAUAUGGAUCAAUAUGCUGAUGAUUUGGCCGAGCUUGUGAAACACUUAGGCUUGAAGGAUGCUAUUCACAUUGGCCAUUCCACUGGAGGUGGUGAAGUUGCCAGGUACAUUGGAAGGCACGGAACUGCCAAUGUUCUGAAAGCUGCUUUGAUUGGAGCAGUGCCUCCUUUGAUGUUGAAAACCGAAACGAACACCAAUGGUACCCCGAAGGAAGCAUUCGAUGAUAUCAGAAAUAAUGUGUUGAAGGACAGAUCACAAUUUUUCAAGGACUUGGCCUCAGUGUUCUACGGUUUCAACCACGAUGAGUCAAAGAAAUCUCAAGGAUUAAUUGACAGCUUCUGGUUACAAGGAAUGCAAGCCUCCAUCAAAUCAUUGUAUGAUUGUGUUGAAGCAUUCUCCGAGACUGACCAAGUUGGCGAUUUGCAAAAAAUGGACAUUCCUACAUUGGUUUUAUACGGCGAUGACGAUCAGAUUGUUCCACCUAUCGCAUCAAGUAAGAGAGCAGUUAAAUUCUUGCCUAAACCUACAGAGAUUGUCUAUCCUGGAGCAUCACACGGGUUGUGUAGUACGCAUAAAGAUAAAGUAAAUGAAGAUCUUUUACGUUUCAUUUCAAGCUAA